AUGGUCAAGAUGGAUGAGAUGGAACUGGGCGAUUUCGCUACGAACUUCAAACGGGAUGAGAAGAUCGACAGGUUCGUGGAAGAGCAUUCCCUGAGCGAGGCUGCGAGGUGCCGGCUGGUCGAGCUGCGCGUUCGCAGAAAAGCGGAGCAGGACGAGGACUUGCGGAAGCUGGCGCAGCAUCUCUGCAUUUGCGCCGACCGGUCCUUUACAGCCAUCUCACUGGUGAAAAAGGUGGUGCAGGGCAGGAUCGAUGAUUUCCCUGACAUGACCCGGGCCGGAGCCAUCGCCGAGCGGUUCCAGCUGGAUGAGGCCUCGUUGCGGAAGCUGCGCGACAUCGUUGAGAAGCGGGCCGAGGACCUCGCCGUGGUGUUGGCUCACCUGGAGGAGGUUCUGGCAGCAGCAUACUCUCCUUCGGCGACCCUGGUCAAG